AUGUUGACCAAGAAACUGAUUGAUGUUGUUGACACAGAACAUAUAACUGCAAUACUGCCUAUUCCCAAGGUUCAAAAACUAAUAGUGGCGACUAAGAGUAAUGAUGUGCAUGUCUAUUAUCGUGACACUGUCAAAUAUAAACAUUUUCAAACGUAUCCUAAUUUGUUGAAAUCUUUACAUACUGAAGAAUCCACUAUACAUGAGUUUUAUUAUUCUCAUGAAUUAUUAACAGUAUUUGCUAAAUGUGAGAAGUCAAUUAUACUGUUGAAUAGUACUAAUAUUUCUCAAUAUGAUAAAAUAGUAGAUAAAAGAGGCAUUGGUAAAUGUUGGGUUUUUGAAUUGCCAUUAGCAGGUAAGGAUGAGUCGAUGACAAUUUUAAUUUAUUGUACGAAAACUGCAUCCAAAUUAAGAAUGUUUAUAUGGCAUGGAAGAUCAUAUACUGAUAUGUCAGAGACUUCUCUUUCAGGAAAAUCUGAACCUAUUUUAUCUAUGGAGCCUUCAAAAGAUGGUAUAUUCUUAGUCACCAAAUUAGGGGUAUAUUUUUGGAAGUUUAAAUCUUUGAACUUAACAAGAAUAGAUAAAGUAGUUAAAAAAACCAAUAAUAGCAAUUUAGUUUCUUUAAUUAUUGCAUUAGAAUCAAUUGGAAAUAAGUCAGACGCUAGCACCGAUUCUCUUACUGAUGAACUAAUGUCAUUAAAAUCAGUAUCUACUGUAACCAAGACUUCUGGGUUUAAAGGUUUCUGGAAUAAAAAGUUAAAUGCUAAUAAUUCAAAUCUAAAACAAUCAAGAUAUCUAUAUAAAAAGCGUAAUAAUGUCUAUCCUUCACUAAUUGAUGGCACAACUGGAUAUUCAUUUGAUAUAGAAAUUUCACCACAAGGAGAGCCAUAUUUAAUAGCAACAGAAAUUGAUCAAUUAAUUGACUUUAACAGUAACUUCCCGAACAUAAUUUAUAACAUUGCAGACACAAUUAUUCUGAGUAACUCUGAACAUAUAAGACUUGUCGACUCGGAGACAGGUUUUUCAUUUCUCUCCCUUCAUAUUCCGGAAGGUAUUAAAAGAGUUCAUAUUUUAGAUGAACCUUACUUAAUUGUUUGGACUGAAGAAGAUAAAAUAAAAUUAUAUCACUAUCAAGUAGAUGAUAGCUAUGAGCAUGAAUUUGAUGAAGACGAGGAGUUGCUAAAUUAUGUCAAUCAAGAAUCAGAAUUUUGCCGCCUAUGGAGAAAAGUCACAUUUUAUACAUAUUUUUUAAGUUGUCCUUAUUCAUUAGAACUAUGUUCAUCAUCUAAUCCAGAAAGAUCUCUUGAUUUGUGUGCAAUGAAAUUAAGAGAUUUGACAGUGAUGUUUUGUUUACAAAUCUACAAUAGAUAUCAACAAUGCUUGUUGCAACUCAUUCACCAAAAUUGCAAUGAAUCAAAAUACAAAAAAAUUGAAAAAAAUAUAGUUGAGAAUAUAUUUAGCAAGUUCAUAUUGUUCUGGGCUCCACCUCAACUGAUUAUCUCUAAUACAUUUCCAAAAAGAAUUUCAAACUAUGUAGAAGAAUACGGUAAUAAAUCACAUAGUUAUCUCCCAAUGCUUCAUGAUAAAGAAAGAGAUAAUGAUGUUAAAAAAGAAUAUCUGACUCAAUGGUAUUUGCCAUAUUUAACUGACAUUAGACGUCAUAUAAAAAAUCUAUUGAGUCCAACAACGGAUAGUAAAAUUAAAUGGAAUUUUAUGGGAAGGAGUAUUUCACAGAAUUUAGAAUUCUUUUUAGUUAACGAUCAUGAUGAAAUGGAUACUGCUACAUUAUUGAAACUGAUUGAUACAACCCUAUUUGUUGUUUACCUGUACUAUCAACCUACCUUAUUAGCUCCAUUUUUGAGGGUUGAGAAUUUUUGUGAUUUUGACCUGGUCGCCAAAGAGCUGGAAAACCAUCAAUUAUAUCAAGAGCUUCUUGAUUUUUAUUUCACCAAAGGUGAACAUGUUAGUGCACUUACUUUACUUAAGAAAUUGUAUGAAACUAGUGUAAGCGCAGAAGAUCAGGAACUGACAUCAGGUAUUAAGGUUCUAAUAAUACGAUACAUUAAAAAGCUGUCAAACGAUAACUUAGAUUUGAUUUUUGAAACAUGUAAUUGGCUUUUAGGUGUCUUUCAAGAUAAAGAUGGGAUAUUAUUGGAAAUUUUUCUAGAUGAUUCCCAAAUAGCAAAGUUUCGCGACCACAUUAAAGUAUAUGAUUAUUUAAAGGCUAUUCGAGAGGUCAUCGCAAUAGAAUAUUUGGAAUUUAUUAUUGCAACUUUUGAAGUUGAUUCACCACGGUGUUACAAAAUAUUAAUUGAGAAAUAUCUCAAGAAAAUUGAUGAACAAACGGUGAGAACAAAAUUAAGAUCAAUUUUAGAUACAACAACGACUUAUGACGCUGAAGAUAUUCUACAUUUAAUUGAAAAUAAAAUGAAUUCCAGUGAUCCUUCUAAUGAAGAUUUCAUUUUUUUGCAAGGUCUUCUUCCAUUUGUAUACAGAAUGUUGGGAAGACAUGAAGAAGCUGUUGACAUAUUAUUUAAUUCGCUAUCAGAUUAUGCAUCCGCUUCAAGCUACUGUAAUGGUAUCUACGUUAUGAAUAGAGAGAUUGGAGAAGAUCUUUUACUAUAUUUUCUAAAACUUCUUAUAAAAGAUGAUUCGGCUACAAAAUCCACUUAUUUAUUCCACUUUAUUAAAGAAUAUUACUCAAAGAUAGAUACUGUAAAACUUCUAAAAUUAAUCCCAAAGAAUAAAAAAUUAAAGGAAUUGAAAGAGCUUAUAAUUCGAUCUGUUAUCACGACUAAAAUAACAAAAGAAGAAGAAAAUAUGACUAGAAAUUUACUACAAGUCGAAUUGAUUGGAACCACUCACGAGUUGAAUCAAGAAUUGUCUAAUUCGGUAUCGUUGCAGCAGAACUCAAUUUGUCCAAUUUGUGGAAAGAAUUUCCCGGUGUUUACAACUGAUUCAGUUUUAUGGUUUACUAUAGAUGGUCAGAACCGAGUAGUACAUUAUAAUUGUGGGAAAUCUCUCCAAAGUAACGUCAAGAAACAACCUACAGCAGAUAAAAUGCAGUUGACUGUAUUAUCAUAUAACACCCAAGUAGCUAAAACUAAUGAUAUUUAA